CUCCUCUCUAGACACUCUUAUUCCCCUAUCAAUUGGGCUGUUUUUUGUGUGUGGGCUCAGUCUUCGACCACUGAAUCACGAAACCACUGUCGAAUCUGCGUUUCGAAGCGCUUCUUCUUUGCUUUGCCGCGCCGAUCGAAAAUGCCUGCAAACGCUCGUUCUGCGGCAGUCCAGCACGGCAUUGUCCGUAGCGGUGGCAGUGUCGGUCUGAGUCAUCCGGCCGGUCCUCGUCACUGGCAGCGGCUCACGUCGGUGGUCGCCGUGCAUUCGCCGUCAUCAUCAUCGCUGCUCCUGCGACUGUCCUCGCUCUUCUGCUUGCUGCUGAUGCUGAUGCUGACGCUGAUGCUGAUGCUGCCGCUGUCCGGCACUCGUUCUGCUGCGGCCGCUGCCUCGACGUCCCAGUCAGACCCAGCCAACAAGCUCGCCAUUCCCAGCUUACCGUGCGGAGCGCAUUUCGAUUACUGGUCAGAGUCGUGUGCAGCAAUCGGAUCGCAGGCAUCAAGAACGUGCUCUCAUGGCGGUAGAUUGCUCGACCCAACCAGCUGCACAACGCACUUCCAUCCCCACUCCAAGUCGUGUGGCAUUCUCAAGAUGGGCUGCCAGUCAAUGUGCCGAAUCACUGCCCCGAGCUGCAGUGGCGGCACAUUGAGCUUCACGGCCACCAGCUAUCGCGUGUCCUCGGAUGCCAAACAAGUCACUGUCGCCGUGCAUCGGAUGAACGGCGACAACUCGGAUGCGUCCGUUCGGCUGCACAUUCACAGCAACAAGCUGACUUCGCCCGAGGCCGCGCUCGCGAGCGCCGACAUUUGGCGCCGAUCGUUUGUUCUUCGCUGGCUCGCGGACGACACUGCCAGCACCAAGCAAAUCCCCCUGCAAAUCGCCGACAUUCACGACGGCGGCCAAGUGUCGGUCUGGCUCAGAGAUAUCGAGGGGGCGUCGCUCGGUGAGAUUGAGCACGCCGCGGUGCAAAUCAUUGACAACCACCACGAAACGGGCAUCCUUGACUUUGCCCAGUGCGAGUACCGUGUCCUCGAAGGUGCUGGCUCUGUCACACUGACGGUGCAGCGGCGUGGUGGGACAGUUGGCGAGGCGAGCGUCCGCCUCAAGUAUGUCGGAGGCACUGCUACGCCUGUGGGCGACUUUGAGCGAAUCCGCAAGCAUACAACGCUGCACUGGGCAGACGGCGAUGGCGCAGACAAGACGUUUACGUUGAUCAUUCACGACGACUCCGAUCCCGAGCCCGACGAAACGGUUGAAAUUGCGCUCGUGGAGCACGAGGGCGUCACCAUCGGCCAGUUUUGCUCUGUGGUCGUUGUUGUCAUCCUCAACGACGACGCCGAUGGCGGCCCGAUCCAGCUCGACCAAACAACGAAAAUGCUCAGCGACCUGUUGCAGUUUGAUGUCAACUUUGAUGCGCACCAUCGCCACUCGUUCUUGUCCUCCUUCCAGUCUCGCACUUAUGCUGCCGGCGAGCUUGUCUACCGACAGCAUGACAAGAGCACCGAGUUUUACGUUGUCGAGUCUGGUUCCUUGGAUGUGCUGCUCUCCGAGCCGGGUCGCGAUGCUCCUCGUCACCUCUCCACGAUCACCGCAGGCGGCUCGUUUGGCGCCGUUCAAGCCCUUUACGGCACAUCACGAUUGACCACUGUGCGUGCACGUGAAGUCUCUCGGAUCUGGCUGGUGGAUCGCGAGUCGCUGCGUCGCUACCAGCUGUCGACGCCCGAGCUGUACGAAAAGGUCGAGUUUCAAUUCCUUCGCAACUUUAUGCGUGAAACGGAUCAAAAGCCUCCCGUGGUUCUCUUCCCCGGCCUUGCGAGCAGCCGCUUGAUUGCUUGGCGCGAGAAGCAGUGCCGUGGGUUUGGCAUCCACGUCGGCGACCUCGUGUGGGUGAGCGUGGAGAAAAUCUUGCAAACCCUGACCACCGACUCGCGGUGCUGGCUUGAAUGCCUUGCCCUCGGCUUCAACCAAACCGAUCCCGAGAACUGCAAGCUCCGACCUGCCGAAGGAACGGCGGCGCUGACAGAGCUCGCGCCGGGCGUUUUCACUGGCAAUCCGACCACGAUUUUUGGCGUUGUGAUCAAGUCCCUCGCCAGCGAAUUGCUCUACGACGUGCAGUCCAUUGUGGCUGUGCCCUACGAUUGGCGUUUGAGUCCAGACAUGCUCGAGCAGCGCGACAUGCUCUUCACUUCCGUCCGCGAGCGAAUCCAGUUUGCCGUCCGUCACAAAAAGCAUCCUGCCAUCAUCAUGGCCCAUUCUCAGGGUAACUCGCUCUUCCUCUACUUUGUGGACUGGCUCAAGCUCCACUACCCAACUUCUUGGCAAAGCUGGCUCGAUGAGAACGUGUGGGCGUACUUUGGUCUGGGCGCACCGUUGCUUGGAGCAAACGAGCCCUUGCGCGGCAUCGUCUCUGGUCUGAACAUGGGCCUGCCCAUCUCUGAACUCCAGGCCAAAACAUUGUCGCAAUCGUUUGGGAGCGUCCACUGGUUUUUGCCCCACCAAGACACUCGCAUCCAGAAGCUCCUCAUGGCCGCAACGAAGAAGAGCCGCAAAGCGCGCGAGCAGCAGCAGGACGAACUGCAUCAGUUGGCCGAUCACGAAGACGAGGCCAGGGAGGACGCAGACUUUGAAAAGGAGCACGGCCAAGACUUGCCAGUCAAGUUUGACGAGAUUAUUGCCUUCCGGUUUCAAAACGGGACCCAGCGCAUCUUUUCUUCUGCCGAAGUAAGCAGUGGCGCCAUGUUCGGGAUGCUCGGAGAAGCGUUGAACGAUACUCGCUUCUUGGACUUGCAAACCAUGCUUCGCGAGCAUUACCUGGAGCGCAAGCCAAAUCCGUUGGCGGCUCCGCCCACGCGGCCUCCCGUUCGCCAUGUGGUCAUGUUGUACGGUGUCAACCUUCCGACGGAUAUUGGCUACGUCUACUCGCAACUCCCCAACACCAUGGAGCCUCGUACGGACGCAACGAUUUACGAGGACAAGGGCGGCAUCUUUGGCAUCAAGACGCGCUCGCCAGUGCUGUUGUCCUUGGCCAACAACCCGCCUUCAUCGACGCUGGACGAUUCGUCCCUGACUCGCCAGUUCACAGGUCGAUAUGCGGGACAGCGCAAUGUCUUUGGCCGUUCUGGCGACAAGACCGUGCCAUACUCGUCGUUGAGCUGGGCAAAUACCUGGCACGAAGGCGAAACCAACGUGACUGUCGUUCCUUCGCGCAAAAUCGAGUACUACCAGCAUCCCAUUGGCCAGUGGGGCGAGGAGCACGUUCUGUCAUUGAUGAACACGGUCGAGCCCGAAUACACUCGGCUUUCCUCGUCGCACAUGCACCAAGGCCGAGAGUUUACCACCACUGUCCUUGAAGUGAAUGGCCUUGGUCAUCGCGAGAUUGUCAAGGAAAAGUUUACCAUCAAGCUGAUUACCAACGAGCUCCUCGGAAAAGUUGGCGGCGAGCUACGGAAUAACGAGCUGUUUGUCGCCCCGGCGUCACGCAAAAAGGCCGAGGAUGCUCAUCGAGAGCUUCUUGCGCGCCUUCGCCGUCAAUCACAGAAUGCCGCUCACACCGAGCUCUAACCCGAGAAGUGUGUGUGUGUGUGUGUGUGUGUGU